GAAGAGCUUUGCUGAAGUUCAAGCCAAUUUCCAUGCCAACGUACAAAUGUUUACUAUCUUCGCUAGGUAGACAUAACAGCUUCACGGCAAGCCUCCAGAUCGAACAUGCCAGACCCACUAAGCAUUACUGCAGGCGUCAUUGCAAUCGUUGAUUUCGCAUUAAACGGUUAUGGAGUUUUAUACGACGCUAUCCACAGCUAUCGAGCUGAAGCUACAUUUGCCGCCCUUGAACUCCGAUGUUGAGGCCAUCAUCACCAUUCUUCAUUCCAUCAGGACGAACUUACAAGCUAUCACGGAUGACGAUUUCUCGCCUAGCAUACGCCAAUGUUUGGAAGGAGCCAAACCGGCUAUCACAGGCUGUCGAAAUGCUUGCACAGAUUUUUCGGCGAAAUUGAAUAAGCUUAUGUCCCACUCUAGUACCGUUCAUUUCAGUAAGAGGGACAAGGCAAUGCUCUGGUUCAAGGAGAAGAAAAUUAUGGGAAUCCGCUAUCGACUGGCCACUUACAAAGGAACGCUCAAUGUGGUCCUGAGUCUAGCAUCUCUUAAAGCAACAUCCGAGAGCACAAGUCAAGUCAAAAAGACACAAGAGGAUCUUGACAAGUUCAUGGCUACCAUGCAGGGUCAGUUGCAAGGACUAGUCAUAGGUGUAACAACGACUGCUAGAAUUCAAGAUGAAAAUGCACAAGACGGGGGCACUGGAGACGUUCUUGAUCAAACCGUGAAGACUUUAGAAUCACAGAUGGCUGCUCUAAGCAACUGUUUGAGUGCCUGCACGCUUGCUCAAGCAGAACUAUCGGUACUAGCAGGCACCACUAUUAAGUAUGCAGAAGCAAUGGAGGAUUCCAGGCAACUCUUUGGACAAAUUGGUGCAGCAGGCGAGCAGGAUUUCCAAGUGAUGGCAGUAACGAUAGAAAGACUGAUUGCAAAGGGCCGGGCUGUGCAACUCACCGGCCGUAUGAGUGAAGACGUCGCUUUCGCUGCUCUUGGUAUGUCCAAGGAGUAACUUUACAAACACGCUCGUUAUGCAUAUGGCUUGUACAAUUCCAGGAUGAUCGAAUAGCUCAGUAACAAC